CCGGUUAAAGUAUGCUGACACUUCAAGUUUAUCUAAUCGACAGAAAAACAAACUGCAAACAAAUUUAUUCCUAUGGUUGCUGUGUUUGGAAGUUUCAAAACUAACGGAUUGAGAGAACAGAAUUUUUAAAAAGGAAGCAAUAUUCACUCCUUGCUGUGGAUUAGAUGUUCUAUUAUUACUCGAUGCGGUGAAAUUAACACGCCAAGCUACGCAUUGAAAUCAAAUGGUUCGUUUUUGGCUAUAAGCCACAUUGAAAAAUGUCUAAAAAUAAUGUUUCACAAGAAAUACAGGACAUUCUAUUAGAUCAUGUCCUAUUUUCACGAUUUUUACCCCAAGAAAAACCGCGAUACAUCUAUGAAGAGAUGUUAAUGGUUAAGAUGAUAGAGAAUGUGGAGAGUCUAUCAAAAUAUUUGAUGCCAACGAAAACGGUUGAAAUGCUUCAACGUCUAAAACGAGUGCAUUUUGAAUGUACGCCAAAUGUCAUUUCGGAGGAGAUCAAUGAUUUGGAGCCAGGCGACACUUUUGCGAUGUACGUUCGACGUCAAAAUUGUGCAAUCAUGAUACAUGUACCGGCAAAUGAGCUCAUUAGCAUCGAAGAAACUCGUAAUGUAAUUGUUGCCACAUUUCCCGGAAAUUUGUAUAGACGUGAAAUUUAUGAACAUGACAGUGACAUCGAGUUCAAUUAUCCACUACAGGCGUUAAAAGUCAAGUUUUCAGAAAUGUUACAAUCGGAAGACUUUGCAAAUCAAUUGUCGAUUUUAACCGAAGAGCUACCCAUUGAAACAAAAAUUCGAAACUACGUAUCAAAAUGGUUGACGACACUGCUGAUGGAUGAAAAAAGUAGAACCGUUUCAACAAAAGAGUUUCCAGUGAUAACAAAAAAGAUUCGAGACGCUGUAAUGGGCGAAACCAAACACAAUUUCUUUCGUCGAUCAAGUUUUUAUAUGAGCAUCAAAGUAAUGCUUCAACACAGUUUAACAAUGCAAUUGGGUCACGAAUCGGGUAAAUUUCUGUACAAAAUUGUCAUGCUAAAAUUUUUGGUCGAGAUGUGUGACAUUUACAAGGAUCCUGAAUGCGAUCCAUUGAAUACUGAUCUGUUGUCUCAAAUGAUCGCCAAAUUGGCUCGACGCAUUGAAAAAUUAAUGCAAACAAAACACAAGAAAGCAACAAACAUCGAAAAAUUCUACGAUAGUACGAUACGUGAUGCAAAACAAACAAUUAUUGAUAUUCGCGCAAAAAUCAACGAACAAAUCGAAUCAAUUCAACUAGAUGAUGAGGAAAAUUCCAAGCUACAGCCGCUAAGCGGUUUGAACUUUGAAUCAGAUAUUGUCUACAGUAUGCCGAAAUUAUGCGCUUAUUUGCGAGAUCGAAUGGAAAUACAGCCAAAAAGAAAUUCGAAUUUCAGGCAUAAGGUGAAAUCUUAUCGACGAUACAAACAAAUCAAGCACAUCGAACACAUCGAAGAAGGCGUGGAACUAGGCAUGUAUUUUGCAGACUUUGAAUGUUUAGUUCUCUACCAAAUGUCAAUGAAAGAUGAACAGCACACCCCAGACGAUCUAAGAAUAUGGUUUGUUCAAUACACCGAAUAUGCAAUGGAGACAUAUACCGGUGAUCCGUUGAUGAUAAGCCGAAUUUUAUUGGUAUGUUUGAAGUUAAUAGCAAUGCUGGAUCGUCGUGCAACUAUCGAAUUUCCAUUGCUUAAGAAACAUCGUUGCGGCAUCAAUUCAAAUAUAAUCAAUUCAUUGUUGCUACCUCAACGCAUCGACAUGGACACGGCUCAUCGUUUGGAAAAAUAUUUUCGAAUUCGAAAUGAAAAUGCAACCGAUCCGAGUUUGAUUGAAGAGAAAAGUGUUAGCGAAAAGUCAUUUUCAGUGAAAUUUGUAAAGGAUGAUGACGACAUGCUACAGAUGCGAAAUGAAAUUUUGCGAAUUGAUGAACAAAAUAAACAAAAAAAGAAGAUGGAAUGGGCCCAAGGCCGUGAAAAGGUAAAGCAUCUUCGGGACCAAGCCAAUCAAUUAGAUCAUACAUUCUUUACGAAUCGAUAUGGCGAAGUUCACCAUGAUAAACGGUGUAAUUUAUGCCAUCUCAGAAAGAAGGCCCAAAACUAUUGGUUAGAAGCCUACGAAUGUCUAUUACCAAAAAAAGAUAUCGAACAGUUUGCCGUUGUGUUUGAGCUUGGUAUUCCAGAUACAAUUGCUUGUUUGCGCGACAUCCUCUAUUGUUUCACCACACUCUGUGUUAAGAGUACGGAAAAGUUAAGCAUCAAAGCUAAUUGGGUGGAGUACAGAGAAAUUGCCGCAUUCAAUCGUUCGACGAGCAAAUAUGUAACGCUUGGCAGCACCAAACGACGCAGAUCAGAAAAUUUGCAUGUUGACGAAAAUGUCAGACAAUUUAUCGUUCCAAAUUCAUUAAAUUGUGUUCUUCAUGUUCAUGAUAUGGCAAUACCUACCUCAUUGUCGGAUAAUGCAAUAAAAGAUAUAUGCACAUUCAAAGCACAAAACGAAUACCUUGGCCUACAAUGGACUGUACAGUCUACAAACCACACUGAAGCAGAAGUGCUUGCGCGUCAAUCCGAAUGUCCACAGAAUUUGUCUUUGGCCGAAUACAAAAAUUUUGGUAUGCUUCGUGCUGACGGUCAUCGAUUACAACUACGAAAAUUACAUGGAAUGAUCGCAACCGAUGCACUUUCAUUUGAAAAAGAAUCCGUUCUAUCGCUUAUUUUGCAAACGUUGUGGGAGUGCGGUGUGAGCGGUGACGCAAAAUCAAUUCGAGAAUCGCACAUUGAUUUAAAUGAUUCAUCAUUUUGUUCGGCAAUAAUUGAUUCCCUUGCGGAUUUUGUUGACCAACAAAAAGACAAUUGGAUGCAUCCAUUUAAAUUACUCAUGGCAACACUGAUAGCCGUACGUGCAUUUGAAAUCAACGAAAUCGAUUUUAUGGCAGAAAAAAUUGUUGAACUUCUUCAUAGCAUUCGAGCGAUUGUUCAGGGUUGGAUUGAAAAAAUGGAAAAAACAAUUCACGAUGCCCAAAAUUUGAACGAAGAAAGUGAAAAAGAACUACGUUUGAAGCUGAUCUAUGUAGCCGUCACUGGCGCAUUAACGUUUUUCGUGAACAAAAAGCAUAAAUAUUAUGACAUCGUUUUCACAAAGGAUGCCAACAACCGAUACACAUCGACACAAUUAUGGCUUCAUUUUAUCAUUCUUAUGAGAAACCACAUGAAUCUCUGUGAAAACCAUGAAGACCAGUUGCCAUCCAAUUUGCGAGUCUUUUUACGGCUCGUCGAAAUUGCGGGUAUCAAUUUGGAGCCAAAAAUGAAGGAAUUAAUCAAACAAGAUUUAAAUGAAGUGUUCGAUCUGAUUCAAAAGCAUUGGUUUGCCGCUACCAAUUAUAAACCAUCUACAAUGGACUUUUCGGAGGAAUUUUCACAUAUUCUUGUCAUUGAAACGACAAUCGAUUCGACAAUUCAAAAAGCAGAAAUUGACAUAAUCACGGGCAAAUUUUUGGUAAAUGGUUCGCCGUUAUCUCGUCUGCCACCCGAAAUGACCCAACAUGAUGGAUUUCGACGUAUUUUCGGGAAUGCAGCAUUCGAAGUUCGUUUGAAUGCCCAUCAUCGCUAUUGUACCGUUCAAAAGUACAACGAUAUCACUUACGAAUUUGAAAACUACAAUGACAACUUCAUCGUAACAGAGCGCAAAGCCAAAGGUUACGAAAAAGAGUACAUACAUUAUACGGUGUUUGGUGGUGAUUUUCCACACUUGCUCGUCGCGAAUUACAGUCACUGGUGGAACAAAAAUGAAAACUGUAUAGAAUUCCGUCAGCGAGUAUAUGGGCGGCGUGAUUUUUCGAAAGAAACACCAAUUGAUUAUCGACUCGAUUUACACACAUUUCAUGUAAUUCAAACAAAAACAAAACGUCCAAUGCUUGACUUUAAAACUCAAUCUUACAAUCAAAUAACGCGUCAACUGCGUCGUUUAGAGCAUGUAAAAUUUAUUCAUGUACUUUUGGACAGACCGAACAUGGCAACCGUUGAACUACCACAAAUGAAAUUGAAGUUCACAAUAAACUGUUCAGAUGAAGCAAAAUUGUCCAAUCAAGUUUAUUUGGAAUCGAAUGAAUUCAGUGGUAUGCGAGUGAGUCACAAGCAAAAAAUUGGCACAUUGUAUGGUCUUAACCAUGGUUUGAUUUUGGAAUGCGUUGACCCGACUAACAAAACAAAAAUCCUACUAAUGCCCCAUGGACCAAUUGAAAUUGUUUGCACCGAUUUACAUGUAUCGGUGAACAUUGACACCAAAAUGAAUAUUAAGAAUCCACCGUUUUACCACUAUCAAGUGGAUGAAUAUUGUCAUCAAUUAAAAGCCAGCAGUGGCAGUCAUGCGUCAUGGUUUUUUAUGGCUUAUUUACAUGCAAUCACAUCGCAUGGUCAAAUCGAACCACUCACCGGAAUGAGUGGAACUGAACGCGCUCUACAAAUACUACAAUCAGCCUAUGCCUGGUCAUCAUCACCAUAUGAACCAGAAGAAAUCGAAAUGUUGGAUUUAAUCGCCAAAUUAUCGCCAUUACGAAAACUGAACGAACACAAUCAAACGGUGACUUGGCCAUCGGAUAUUCCAGCACAUUCCGCUCAAGACUCGUUUGUUUUCAUUGUAAAAAAAUUACUGGCCGACAGUCAACGCUUAUAUGGUCUAUAUUCGAAAGAUAAACCGAAAAAUAUUGAAAUUGAUACCGAUUUAAAUAUCAAUGAACGCGAGUACCGCCGUUGUUUGCAAAUGCAGCCGAAUUUACGUGUGUCCGAUUUAUUUAUUGAACAUAAAGUGUUGACGACAUCCUUGCCAGAAAUGGGUCAUUUUUUAUUUUCGGAAUCAACGCAAUUCGUAUCGAUUUUGUAUCAUCAGAAAACAUACAAAGUUCCAAGCGAACUAAAUUUGGGUGAAUUUCUAACGAAUAGAGAUGUGUUGAAAGGAACGAUCAACAAAGGUUGCAUUCCAAACAUCUUGCAUCACAGUGGCUAUGAGAAAUUUGCUGAUUUGUGGAUUUGCUUGUAUGAUGCUGUUCGAACGGAAGAAAUUAGUCGUGAAAAACUUGCCUUGAUAUUAAGUUUAUUUGCACAUCAGAAAGAAGGGCUCGGUCCAAUUUUGGCACUUCAAGCGAUUGCUAUGAAUCCAACAGAAUUCGAAGAUUUGUGUCCACCAUCGGUGGAGACAUACCAAACCGCGUGUGGAACAUAUGAUGAUGAAAAAGUGGCAAACAUAUUAAGAAGCUGCUGCUAUAAAACAUGUGAACACCGUGGUCUAUCCAUAGUUGUAAAUGGCAAUGAAUCAAACAUAGAUGGUUUAACGGCUAUCAUUGAUGGUGUAAUGGCGAAUAUUUCGGAGGAUUGGCCAUGCGAUUCGGUUGAUUUGGUUGAAAAAUGGACAUUUGAAAAUAAGGAGUUCGAAUUCAAUUUCUAUGUUGCAAAUCAACUUUUAAAUGAACAACUUACCAUUUGGCAUAAUAAUCACAAACUGAAUGAGUUCAUUGAAGAGGUUGAACAUCGUUUAAAAUCAUUGCCUGGAUCGGGUGUGCAUUUGCUUUUGCCGAAAUAUCAUCCAUUUGUAAUAGCUGAACCGAAAAAUUGGGCCAAAUUCCAAUUAAACAUUGACGAAAAAAUACGCGAGAAUUUGGACGCAUUCAACGAUGAAGCAACAGCAUUGAAGGCACACAUGGUUUGGGAAAAUGAAACGACAGAAUGUUGUUCAUCGAAGGAAUGGUGGGAUAUUAUUGAAAAUAUUUUGAACUCAAAUCGCACCGAUUAUUUGAUUGCAUCUGGGCUAUUUCCAAGAAUAGUUCCAAGUUGGUUAUUACCGAAAAUCAUUGCAACAGAUACCGAUGAACGCUUAAAAGCUAUGAUUGGUGCUUGGGCAAUUUCAAUUGUUCAUGAACAACGAGAGCAACGCAUUGAAAGAUAUUCACAACGACCCGAACUCAAGUAUGAAAUGGAAAUAGAGAAUGAUAAUAAGCCACAUGUGAAUUGGAAACCACACGAACGUCCUGAAUGGUUGAUAUUCGAAAUUGAACAGAAUCUAACCAUUCGUCGGAUUCAAAUUGAGAUUGCCAAACGUAUGAUUGAACCGCAAACAACUGCCGCCAAACACUCGGUCAUGCAAUUAAAUAUGGGAGAAGGUAAGACCGCCGUUAUCGUCCCAAUUGUUGCAUCAAUUCUGGCCGAUGGAAAUCAGGCUUGUCAAAUUACGGUGUUAAAGUCACUACUUGCAAGGAACCAAAAAACAUUACGUCAAUUAUUGGGUGGAUUAUUAAAUCGAAGAUUGUAUAUUGUACCAUGUCGGCGUGAUAUGCCAAUUUUCAACAACAUCCAGCAAAUUCAAGACAUGUAUGAGGAGUGCAAAAGUGAAAAAGGCGUCAUUUUGACUCUGCCCGAAUACCGUUUAUCUCUGCAACUUAAAAUCUACGAGCCGAUACCAAAGGGAAACAUCAAAGAUGCAAAGAAAAUGUUGGAUGUCCACAAAUGGAUCAACGCCAACGUGCGAAAUAUUCUUGAUGAAUCCGAUGCGAUUUUACAGGCAAAUUAUCAACUCAUUUAUACAGUUGGUAACCAAUUGCCACCGGAUAGUGGUGCACAACGUUGGCUCGUUACACAAGCUGUUUUAAAACGCAUACCGCAUCGGAUGCACGAACUGUACAAGAAAUAUGGAAAAGAGAGAAUUGAAUUCGAUUCAAAGAAAUUCAAUUAUCGUCCAGAUGCAUUCACGCCAUGUCGAAUCCUUGACGAAACCAUCUUUGACGAUUUGAAAAAGGCACUAAUCGAUGACUUCUUAAAUGGUCAAAUGGAUAUUAGUUUCCCUGAAAUUACUGAAUCAGCAAAGCAAUCCAUAAAGAAUGUAAUAUCUGAAAAGAAGAUCGAUAAAAAAAUAUUCCACACGUUUGAAAACAUGUUCAGCGAGAAGCAUGAUCAAAAUACAAUAAUGAUACUGAGCGGUUUGCUACGAUUUGAGGUGUUAAAAUUGGUGUUGACCAAGCGAUGGCGUGUCAACUAUGGUGUGAAUGCCAAGAGCAUACGCAAGAUGGCAGUUCCGUUCAAGGCCAAAGAUAUUGCGUCUGAAAAUUCUGAAUUUGGCCAUCCAGAUGUCUCGAUUUGUUUUACACAAUUGAGCUAUUACUACUCAGGCCUAACUGAUGCUCAGCUUUACCAUCUAUUCAAUUAUGUAUUGGAAAAUAAACCAAAUGCGAAAGAGAUUUAUGACAAAUGGAUUGAAAGUAUACCAAAGAAACGAAUCAAUGGUUCGAUUCGGUUUUACAAAAGCAUCAACUUGGACAACAUGAGUCAGCGUAAAUAUCUAUUCUCGCUGCUCUCUCACAACAUGCAUGUCAUCGAUUUUUGGCUGGCCGAAUCUGUGUUUCCGUACGAAGCAAAGGUGUUUGAACGAAAAUUGAUGUCCACAUCUUGGGAUUUAACUUGUGAUCAACUCGUACACUGUUCAACCGGAUUUAGUGGUACAAACGAUACCAAGAAUGUUCUGCCGUUGUCGGUUGAACAAAAUGAUCUGCCUGAACUUGAAAAGACCAAUGAAUAUAUGCAGCAAGUGCUAUUGCUACCGGAAAAUCAGUCGUAUGCAUGUUUGCCAGCAAAUGUGAGCGGAACACAAAUACUUGUGGAAUUAACAAAGAAAAAUAUACCAGUUCUCGUUGACUCAGGUGCUUUAAUGAUUGAAUUAACCAACGAACAAGUAGCCAUUGAAUGGUUGAAAAUGGCAUCGGAAACUUUAUUUGAUGCAUGCCUAUAUUUUGAUUCACGCGACGUUUUACUAACCAUUGAUCGGAAUGGCGUGAUUACUGAAUUUGAUGGGUCCGUUUAUCGUGAUAAUUUGUCAAAAUGUCUGGUCUAUUUGGAUGAUGUGCAUACCCGUGGUACCGAUUUAAAGUUUCCAUUGAAUUGGAUGGCAUGCGUGACAUUGUCCGGCGAUAUAACAUGUGAUAAAACGGUUCAAUCAUGCAUGCGAAUGCGUCAAUUGGGAAAGAAUCAUUCGAUCUGCUUUUGGGCAUCAUACGAAGCGGACAUUUGUAUUCGGAAAAUUUGUAAUUUAUCAGCUGAAGAUAAAAUCACAAAUGAAAAUGUCAUAGACUUCAUUUGCAAUAACAGUAACCAAUUCGAAAAGACAAAUAUGGUUCAUUGGACGGCAGCAGCAUUGAAUUACACAAAAAAAUCGAUUGGGCACAAACUGUUUGAGAAUAACACUGAUGAAGAUGCCAUGGAAGAUCUUUAUGACAUUUGUGUCGACGAGGAAUAUGUGACUCUUGAAAAAACCUAUGGCGACAAAGAUGAAGCACACCUCACCGAUAUUGCUUGGGCGAAAUUCGACCGGCUCGGUGCUGAUUAUAAAUCAAACAAGGAAAUAAGAAUGUUUGUUCGUGAUAUGCAAGACAGUGUAUUCGAAAAACUAACCCAUCAUGCGUCCGAUGUAAAGCAAUUUUCACAUGCACUUGAUGAAGAACAGGAAAAAGAAUUGGAACAACAGGAGGAAGAAGAACGUAUUGUUGAACGUCCACCAGCUGUAGAAGCGGCCACACACAAAAUUGACAAACGACUUGAAAGCCUCAUUUUAAACGGUGUCACUGAUAAUAUUGUUGAAACGUUGAAAACACAACGAUCACUAUUCACACUUGCUGCGAGCCUGACACACACUCAACUAUUCCGUACUUAUAAAAAGAACAAAGAUGCAUGGUCAAAUCAUAUACUUGUGACCAAAGACUUUAAAACAGUGAUUGCAAGUUCAUCGCAAUCGUGUGACGAAUUUUUACGACCGAUUUGGUGGAUUGCACAAAUUAAAAAUGCCAAAGGAAACGACCUAUUGUUACUCAUGAGUUCGUUUGAAUGUGAUUUGUUUUUGUCAGCCUUUCGAAAGAGCACCAAUGCGGCCCUGUACAUGUAUCGAGCACGUUUAAGCAAAUCACAUUGUAGCCUCGUUCAAGAUCCCCGACUGGUGAUCACCGCGAUGGACACUCUCGAAGACAUCGACAUUCAUGAUGAAGUUCAAAUCGGUUUUUAUGCGGGCAUCAUGUUUUUCCAAAGCGAAGAUGAACAGAAUGCAUAUUGUAAUUUCUUAGGAUUGAUUCCACGUCCACGUACACAUGAACAAGAUAUGGCAUUUGAAAAGGGCACCAUUCAAGCCAAAGGAUUUGUACCAAUGGGCAAUCGUCAAUAUUCAGAAUCAAUUUCGAGCUGCGUUGGUCAUUGCCAAUUUCAGGAAAAUCCAGUGGACUUGGGCAUUAAAUUGAUCGAAGCUCAUCAUCAAAAUCUACUCAAAGAGUCGCAUGUUGCUUCGAUUUUGGAACAAUGUACCAAACGAAAAAUUGAUUGCAUUAACGGUGAAUAGCGUUUUACAUGAUGCAAUCAAAUCAAAAUAUGAAAAUAUGAUUCAAAUACAUUUUAAUUUCAUAUGAAUAAAGAAACUAUUUAUUUCGAAUUUGUUGAAAAUCAA